CACAGGAAAUAAGCAGAAGCACUUCAAAGCAUUUACUUCAUGUUCAUGUGGCCGCAGGCUGAGACGGCCGCGUGAAAGUCGCAAAGCCUUAUACCUCUCUUCUUCUUCUUCUUCUUCACCACUUUCUUUCCGUCGAAUCUAGCAAGCACUCAAACGCACACCAGCAAAAAGAAAAACCAAACUUAAAGAUGGCGUCUGCAACCGCCCACGCCAAGCGCGAGAUGCUUGACCAGCUGCAGCAGGCGAUGUGGUGGCCGGUGUCUUCGUCCGCAACUACGGGAAAAAUCACCACUACGAAAAGGUCCAUCGGUGGAGGUUCCUCUGCUUCAUCAUCUUCCUAUUCUACCAGCUUUUUGUCUUCGGAGAACGACCCAGCAACGUCUGGUCAAUUGACGUCCUCGCGCAACACUUCUAGGGAUUUUGCUUUUUCUCCAGCAUCGCCAUUUUCUCCUACUUCAGACCGAUCUCGUACAUCAAGAACAAACACGGUCGUCCACAUGAAGACCAAAGCCAGACACUUGCCAAGCAAAUCUGGCACGACGAGCUUCUACGCCCAGAUUCCGAAAGUGCCCCUCUGCGAAGAUUUAGACGACCAAGUGUUGCGGAAGGGAGAAGCCUGCUUUUCGGACUGCGGAAAAAGUAUUUGUUUCUUUGUCAUGCAGUUUCCGCUUUCGGGAUUUCUUGUUCUUCGGAUGAAGUUAGUGUUGCAUGAUCUGCAUGACAGGUAAACACAUCUCCAUUACGAUUACCCAAUCUUCCACAACAGCUCGCGGCAAACAAAAAUGCCCUCAGCGGGUUUUGGAGCACGGCUUGGGUUUCUCCAAGGACGAGGAGUGCAAAUCUACGGUCGAAUGCGUGGCGGAGGACCGGGUUUUGUGUCAAGCGAAUAAAGGCGGCGUCGCGGAGGCGGGAUUUGAUUUCUUCGCCGCUGCACCAGCAGCUUUUGCGGCAGCUACGACGACUUCGACUACACUCGUCGAAGCUGCAUCAAGUACUAGUAGCGCAGCAGCUGCAACAACAGCCGCAACCUCGGCGUCUGGUGUGCAAACUACCUUCUCCGCGGGUCUCGGAUUGCUCUCGCUGUUUUUGUCCGCCUUACCGGAAUUCGGGGUCGCGGUGCAACAGCAGCAACAGACAGCUGCGAGUUCUACUUCGGUAGUAACCUCCGGAACCACGACUACGGAUGCCACCAAUCCCCUCACUGCAACGACAACGUCUAUUACCGGAAUAGACAGUCAGUAUUUCGACGAGGGAACGUUAACAGCGGGAAGUGAGGAGUACGACGAACCAGAACCUUAUUUCGAGCCAUUACCAGAACCGGAGCAGGACGAGGUGACGAGCAAAGAGGAUGAAGACCAGAAGAACACUACUGGGGGGACCGCCGCGUCUUCUACUACGUCCAACGCAGCCGCCUCUUUCCCUGACAAGCACAACCGCCCCAAGAACUCGUGUCAGCAAAACCAAAUCAACCAAUUCAAACAACCGAAGAACAACUUGGAUUUGGAAAGCCUGUGUCACGGGCUAGCUGGUCCGGGAAGUGGGAAAAAUUCGGCUUCUACCACGUCCUCGUCAUCGUCGUUCAGAGCGACAGGUGGAAACAAGAUGAAUCCAAUCCGAGACCACGGCAAGAACUCCGGAAGAUCAGGAACAACCGGGCGAGAAAGAGAUCGGGACCACAGACAACUUCUGGAAUUUGAUGCGGAUGGAGAGGUGAUUUUUUGAAAUUUUGGUAAAAGCGGGGCACACGACGUUUCUGACUGUACGUUUCCUAGAACUAAUAACGCAGAACUUUACUUCAACUUUUUAGCUUGGAUAUACAAAGACUAUUGUGUUUAAGACGGAAUUGGAAGAGGAACCCCAUUGCCACUGAUUUUCCGUCUCAAAUCUAGCGAUAUGCAGACGUUUGCGUAGAAAUGUUUGUAUGAUAUUCAGGAUAACAAGGUUGUAAUGUUUGCUCGACCAGAACAGCCUCGCAAUGGCUUCUCGAAGGAGAGAAAAUCCUAACUGAGUCGACGCGUUUGCCACGACGUGGUAGUUGAA